UGGUACUCGAUCUCCAGCGUGGCCUUGAGGGGCAUGGGCUGAUAAAAGCAUUCCUUGUGGCCGGCCGGAAGGGUGAUGGUGAAGUCGCUGUCCAGCGAAGGUGAGAAGCCCGACGCCGCAGGCGGCAGCAGCACCAAAGGGCCAGCAGCCAGUAACAGAGAGAGAGGGAUCCAGACCCUGGGUUCGUCCAUCUCGACCGGGUCUGUCAACAACUGGGCAAGCUUGGGACCUUCCGGUUUUCUGAAACGGUGGCAAGCGUCCUCUCUUUACCGGAGACUAGCCAAGAGGAUUUACUUGGAGUCUCGGGCGGCUGUCCACAGGUCACCUCCGGACAACGCUAUGCCGCUCCAGCCGGCCCCACUCACAGCCUCAACCCUAGAACUAGCAACUCUUCUCACCAAGGACCACUACUCGUCCGCUCAUGGGAACAAAAUACAAACCAGAUCCACAGCCACUCUCUACCGGGCGCCCGAGAUGUCCACGCCUCUACCUCCGCAGCUAUCUCCAACACAAUCCAACCGCCAAAUAGAACCCACUACACUGGAAUACUACAGUAAAGAUAAUGAAGAAGAAAAUCUGUUAGCAAAUGUUGCUUCAUUAAGAAAUGAAUUAGAGAAAACAGAAUGGAGCUUACAGAAUUUAGAAGAGCUUUCUAUUACUGAUGCAGUUGACACUUCUGAGAAUGGUAUACAUCCAACAAGGUUUGAGAGACUCUCGGUGGAUGAUCUUGUUCAACCUUUCCACCCUGGACUUAUAAAUUAUUCUACUCAUAAAAAUGUUGGUAAAAUGCCUUACAGCAAUAGUGAUUUCCAAAGAAAAUCAAGAGACAAGUCUUAUGUUGCAUCUUCUAUCACUAACACAAGUGUGGAUCAGGAAAAUAAAGGCCUUCGGGAGAAACUGAAUAAACUUCGCCAACAUAAUGCUUCUUUGAUCUCUCAGAAUCAUGCCCUAAUGAAUAAAAUAGAAUCUCUCCAUUUUGAAUUGACACAAUCAAGAACAAAAAUUUGUGUUCUUGAAAAUACUCAGUCACAGUCCUUUAGCGUCCCAAUUUUAGAAGAACAGAUUAUAAAUUUGGAAGCAGAAGUUUCAGCUCAAGAUAAAGUUUUGAGGGAAGCAGAAGAUAAAUUAGAACAGAGCCAGAAAACAGUGAUUGAAAAGGAACAAAGUUUACAGAAAUGGAAAGAGGAAUGUUCGAAUUUGAAACUGGAUUUGUUUGAACAAAGUAAACAAGGAAAGAGGGUCGAACAGCAACGGAAUGAAGCAAUGGAAAAUGCUGAAGAAUUGGGCAAAGCUUUCAAAGAAUAUAAAGAAAGAGUAGCUGAAAAGUUGGAAAGGGUUCAAGCUGAAGAAGAGCUGUUAGAGAAAAAUCUAGUAAAUUGUGAAAAAGAAAAUAAAAGAUUACAGGAAAAAUGUGUUGUAUACAAAGAGGACCUGGAAUCCAUGAAAGACAAGUUGAGGCAAUUAAAGGAUGAAAAUAAUGAUGGAAAAGAAAGAAUAAGGAGUAUGGUUUUGAAAAAUUCUGAGAUUAUGUCACAACUAACUGAGUCUAAACAAAACAUCUUAAAGCUGGAGAAUGAGUUAGAGGACAAAGAAGAAAUUCUUAGAGAAAAACUUGCUCUAGUGAAUGAAAACAGAGAAUUAAAAGUCCUUAUUACAAAGCAGAAUGAGCGACUGAGUUUGUGUCAAAGUGAAAUUGAAGAUUCAAGGCAAGAACUAAGCAGUUUGGAAAUGAUUAUUUCCCAGUUGCCAUUUAACAGAGAAAAAUUUAAUUCUAAAAUGUGUAUCUGUAAGCGUCAAGUGGAAAAGUUCUCAACCAAAGAAGAUUUCUGUGUUUCUUGCUGUGAUAUAAAUCAAUCAGUGAUCUCAAACCUCAGGAUUAAGCUUGCAAUGAAAGAGGCAGAAAUCAAUACACUUCAAACAAACCUAACUGCCAGUCAGUUUCCUGGUCCUAUUUUUGGUGAUGAUGAAAUACAGGAAGGUGGCCAAUUAAGUGGCUUAGAAACAGAACCUGUAAAAUUAAGUGGGAAUCAAGCAACAGGCCAUAUCCAAUGUCAAAAGUUACAUAUUGUAAGCAAGCAUUUUGAGAGAGAAAAACAAAGACUUGCUUCCGGCAUAGAAGAGUUACGUGCUAAGUUGACCAAAACAGAAGCUGAGAAUUCUGAAUUAAAGGCUGACAUGGCUCAUAGGACUAGCCAGUUUCAAGCAAUUCAAGAAGAAUUAUUAGAGAAAAUUACCAAUUCUAGUAAAAUGGAAUCUGAAAUGACAAAGAAAAAUUCUCAGAUUCUCACAUUAGAGAAACAGCUUGAAGAAAAAACAAAUGCUUAUUCUUCUAUUGCUGCAAAAAAUUCUGAACUGGAACAGGAAGUUAUGGAAAAGAAUGAAAAGAUACACAGUUUGGAAUCAAAUAUAAAUUCAGAACAUGAGAAAAUGUGUGUAGCUUUUGAAACGGCAAAGAAAAUUCAUUAUGAACAGCACAAAGAAAUGGAACAUCAGAUCGAACUAUUUCAAAUUCAGCUAGAAAAGAAAGACCAACAAUUCAAAGAACAGGAGAAGACUGUGUCCAUUUUGCAACAGGAUAUCGCAUAUAAACAACAUCAUCUUGAAUCACUGGAUAGACUAUUACAGGAAAAAAGAGGGGAAAUGGAGAAGCAGAAUAUCAAGAAAGAUGAAUCUUUGAAGAUGUUACAGAACCAAGUAUCUGAAGAAACAAUCAAAGUCAGACAGUUAGAAUCAGCCCUGGAUAUGUGUAAAGAAGAAUUGGCUGCACAUUUGAGCCAACUGGAGGGAAACAAGGACAAGUUUGAGAAACAAAUAAAGAAGAAAUCUGAAGAGGUGUAUUGUUUGCAGAAAGAAUUAAAAUUAAAAACUCACAGUCUACAGGAGACUACCAAACAAAAUGUUAUCUUGCAACACACUUUGCAGCAACAGCAACAGAUGUUACAAGAUGAGACUGUAAGAAAUGGAGAAUUAGAAGACUCUCAAGCUAAACUUGAAAAACAGGUAUCAAAACUGGAACAAGAACUUCAAAAACAGAAAGAAAUUUCUGCUGAAAAGUUGAGAAAAGUGGAGGAGAAACUUGAAUCAGCCUCUCAUGAAGCAGAUACAAAAAGGCAGAAAGUUAUUGAAUUAACUAGCACCGCCAGGCACAUAAAAUUGGAGAUGGAUCAGUGCAAGGAUGAGUUGCUUCAAAUGGAGAAAGAAAUACUUCACCUAAGACGGGAUGGAGAGAAUAAAACAAUCCAGUUAAAUCAUUUAGAUAUGACCUUAGAACAAACACAGACAGAGCUAGAUAAAAAAGUGAAAGCUGUGAAAGAGUUAGAAAAACUACAUCAACAUUCUCAAAAUGAUCUAAAGGAAGCCUUGCAGAAACGAGAAGAACUAGAGACUGAACUGCAAAAUGCUCAUGUAGAAUUAAAAAAUACUUUAAAGCAGCUGCAAGAAUUGCGAGAUGUACUACAGAAUGCUCAAAUAUCUCUGGAGGAAAAGUAUUCCACUAUAAAGGAUCUCACAGCUGAACUUAGAGAUUGCAAGCUUGAUAUUGAGGACAAAAAGCAAGAACUUCUUAACAUGGACCAGGCACUGAAAGAUAGAAAUUGGGAACUGAAGCAAAGAGCCGCUCAAGUUACACAAUUGGACAUUACUAUUCGUGAACAUAGAGGAGAAAUGGAACAAAAAAUAAUUAAAUUAGAGGGUACUCUGGAGAAAACAAAACUAGAACUUAAGGAAUCUAAUAAACAGAUAGAAGUCUUAGAAGAAGACUUACAAAAUAGUAAAGACCAGCUUCGUGAAAAAGAAUUUGAAGUACUACAAAAUGAACAAGAGAUUAAUCAAUUGAAAAAAGAAACAGAAAGAAAACAACAGAAAAUAACAGAGAUUGAGAAUAUUAUGAAAGAGCAGGAACAAUGUAUUGCUGCCCAAUACAAAGAAGCUUUGGAUUUAGGGCAGCAGGUGAGAUUAGCAGAGGAGCAGAUUCAGCAAACUCAGCAGGAGCUACUGGAGACCCGCAGACAGCAAGUCCAAGCUCAGAGAGAAGCCGAGAGACUUGCAAAUGAACUAGAUGAAACAAAACAUCUUUCUAGAGAGAAGGAAUUACAUGCGAACCAUUUGGCUGAAGAAUUGGGAGCUUCACAAGUACGUGAAACUCAGUUGGAAGCCAGACUACAAGCAGAAGUAAAGAAACUGUUAACAGAAAUAGAAUCACUGAAAGAAGCUUAUCAUCUAGAGAUGCUUACACAUCGAGAAAAUCGUACAAAAUGGAAGGUAUCUUCAGACAACCAGAAAUCUUCAGUUCAGCAACUAAAUGUUCAAUUAGAGAAGGCAAAACAUGAAUUAGAAGAAACUCAGGGUACUUUAAGCAAUCUGCAUAAACAAGUGCAGGACAAGAAUGAAGUGAUUCAAGCUGCCAACGAAGCAUUGCUUGUUAAAGAAUCAGAGGUAACUAGGUUGCAAGCCAAACUUUCUGGGCGUGAAAGGACUGAAGGCUUCAAGUAUCUACCAGUCCCACUUUUGUCUCCUACUGAAAUAAUGUAUAAUAUUCAAGAUGCAAGGUUUUUCAAACAACCUCAGCCAUCAUUUUUCAAAUCUAGAAAAUUGCGUCGCUCUAUUAGUGCCAGUGACCUAAGCUACAAGACUGAUGACAAUGAAGAUCUUUCUGAAGAACUCUUAGAGGAUCUAAAGCAAGUUCUCAUUCAAAAUCCUUUACCAACAGAAGCAGAAAAUAAAAAAGACAUACUUUAUACUUCAUCAGAUGUAUUUGACCCAAUGGCAUAUGAUGCAGAUGAUGAUGAAGCUUCUCAAAGUAAUGACUUCACUACUCUUAGUGGAAUGUUAAAAUACAUAAACAAAGAAGUAAGAUUGUCAAAAAAGUCUUCUAUAUCAGCAUUUGGUACAAAUCAGGAGGAAGAUUUGUGAUUAAAUGAAGAUACUGAUAUGAUGAGAAAAUUGAACCAUUGGCCCUCUAUUAUCCUUAAGUACCAUAUAUAGUUUCUAUUUUAUAUUGACUAUUUUUAUCACUGAAUAAAUUUUAUAUUUAACAUUACAUUAUCUUUUGGAGGAAGUAUUUUUAAAACUUUAAUUUGAAUUUCAGGUAAUAAUUUUUAAAAUGUCACUUAAUAGCUCUUUUGUUAAUAAACCUAAUAAUAUUUCUUUGGUCUUUAUUUGACAUCUAGUUAAAUGCUUUGUUGAUUUGUUUGGUACUUUUAAAAAUGCUUUAAUUUAAUUUAAUGUUUUUUUAAAAAUUUGUAGUCAAGUGCUAAUCUAUUUUAUUUAAUGUAUUUUGUAUUAAUAUCUGAUUUUUAAAUUGACAGGUAAUGAUCUAAAAGGCCAUUCUAUUAUUGAUUUUGUUGUUGUUGCUAGUUAGCUCCUAUUUAUUCUCCAUGACUGGGAUCAAAUGAAAUCUUUGUGUGAUAUUGAAAAGUAACAAGUAGUAUGUAAGCUUUUAUCAUGAGCCCAUGCUCCUCUCUUAUAAUAUGGUCCAAUAUAUGAUAUAGUGAUGGACUUUCCUGUCCUAGAAAUUCCAAUAGGGAGGUAGGCUUUCUUAUAGGUUCCAUCAGAGAAUCCUUCUCCAGAUCCAAGUUGGGACAAUCUUGUACAGCUUAUACAAUCUACCACAGCUCCUGACAAAGAUCACAGGGCAUUCACAUACUCACAGGAAGCAGGACAGGGCAUCAGACGUUGGAAGCAAAAAGCUGGAAAAUUUGGUAAUUAAUCUUGAAAGCAAGCCACAUUACCCUAAGGGGUUAUUUGGCAGAAACAGUCCCAAACUCAGUGCUUUUUCUUUAGAAAAAACACAUGCUGGAAGAAGAAUGAACACAUGCUAAUAUCAGAAGUAAUAGCCAGUUCAAAAGGACCCACUUUUUUAUAUCGCUUGCUUCCCUGAGGAUAGUUGUUCCUCCCCAAUUCGCUAAAGUGUUGUACAUUAUUUAACAAACCCUGAUUAUUUUCUGAAAUUUGAAAGAUUUACCACUAUGUAAAUGAUUUUGCUGAAUAUUACAAACUUUUUUUGCAUAAAGAAAAAUGUAUUGAUGAUAAAUGUUAAAAAGAAUUUGGAGCUAUAAGUCUACUAGAGACUCAAACUAUAUGCUAUGCUUUUUUGUAUUUUUUUCUUCAAAAAUAAAUUAUGGAUGAUAUCACAGGAUUUCCAAUCUUUAGAUCAAUACCUUAUUUUGGUAAGUGAUGAAAAAGAACCUAAAAUUGUACCCUUAAAGAAGGAAUAGGAGGAAAUUCUCUUUCACAGUUACCUUAUGUCUGUUUGAUCUAUGUGCUGUAUAUGCUUAUAUAUGUACAUAUAAUAUCCUCAGAAUGUAAUGUCCUCCAGAGCUGAGCCUGUUUUGAUUUUCUUCGUAUCUCCUACACUUAUUACAAUGCUUGGUACAUUGUAGGUACUUAAUAAAUACUUAUUGUUUGA